AUGGUAAUAGAACAAGAUCCAUAUUCAUUAAUAAAAUAUAUUAAUGUUAUCAAUACGAAUAAUGAUGGUUAUGGAUAUCCAACAAUACAUGCUUUUGUUGAAAUGGGAUUAUUAACAAUGAAUGAAAAAUUUCUUUGUGAGAUAAAUGGUACAUUAUAUGAAUGUUAUAUCGAUAAAAAUGAAAAAGAUCGAUAUGUUUUAUGUUAUCAAGAUAAAAUAAAAGAAACAAAUGUUAUGAAAUUUAUUCAUAAGUUAUCUAAAUUAAUCCAUAUUAGAAUACAAUCUAUGGGAUUGCCAUUUCAACGUAUACAUCGUGUUAGUGACAAGCGAACAUUACUGAUGAUAUAUAAUGAUUUAAAAAAAAAAUUUCAAGAACGAAUUAUAGAAAUGCUUAUAUAUAGUGAAUUUGGCAUAUGGAAAAUUGAAACAGAUUAUGAUUUUGACAAAAAAAAAAUAAAAUUUAUAUGCAAAUCCAAUAUGACAAAUGAUGCUAGAUUACAAAUACUCAAUAGUACUAACAAUAUGAGUUACAAUGACGUUGAUGAUGAUAUAUUUAAAGAAAAACAACAAGUGUAUAGUUUAAUAAAAUAUGAUGCUAUUGAAAUUAAUUAUCAACCAAUGACAGAUGAUGAUAUUUUGAAAUUAGAUAAACGUAAUAAUGAUAUAAGUUAUGGUUCAGGUAUUUACGAAAAUGAUGUAAAUUUGUUAGGUAGUAUUGCAUUCUUUGUAAAAGAUAUUAAUAAUUGUCAUCAUUAUGCACUUACAGCAAAGCAUGUUAUAAAAAAUGUAAAUAAAGAUUUCAUUGUAGUGAAACGUAACAUUAAUUCAUUUAACAAUUUAUCUAUUUAUUGGGAUGAUAUUAUUGAAUUAAAGCAUGAUGCUGUAUUGCUUAGAAUAAAAGGAAUUCCAUAUUGUAAAAUUGCAAAUUUGGAUUGUAUAGCAUUAUCUAGUGAUGUUUAUAAUGAAUUUUUAACAUCAUCUGAAUCGUCAUUAGAAUCAUCAUUAGAAUCAUCAUUAGAAUCAUCACUUGAAUUAUCAUUUAUGUCUUCAUCAUUGGAUGAAUCGAACAAUGAAAACUCGCAGAAUACAUCAGAUGAACGGGCACGUGAUCCAGAAAGUGUUAAUGUUUUAUCCUUAAAAUCACUUUUAAUUAGGCAUAGACGAACAGAAGUACCAAUAUUUAAAUAUGGUGCAGUUACAUGUUUAACGAUGGGUUUUAUUGAAGCAAUUGAUAUAUCAGCAACAAUAGAUGGUAUUCUUCAUCAUAGUUUAAUUGAAGUUAAAUGGAGUGAAGGUAUUGAAUUUGCAGAAAAUGGUGAUUCUGGAUCAUUAUACUUCAUUUUUGACUGGACAGCAAGUGCAUUUGUGCCUCUUGGAUUACAUAUUGGAUCAAAAGGAAGAAGUUCAUAUGGUAUUUUAUUAUCAUAUAUAUUUCAAGAAUUAGUUGAAAAACAAUAUAAAUUUUUAAUAUGUGAUUCAACGUCUUGCCAAGAACAUUAA